AUGCUCAAGCCCAAGGACCUGUGCCCCCGAGCGGGUACGCGCACCUUCCUUGAGGCCAUGCAAGCGGGCAAAGUGCACUUGGCCCGUUUCGUGCUGGACGCGCUGGACCGCAGUAUCAUCGACUGCCGCGCAGAGCAGGGCCGGACGCCGCUCAUGGUGGCCGUGGGGCUGCCGGACCCCGCGAUGCGCUCGCGCUUCGUGCGGCUGCUGCUGGAGCAGGGUGCGGCCGUGAACCUGCGGGACGAGCGCGGCCGCACUGCACUGAGCCUGGCCUGCGAGCGAGGCCACUUAGACGCCGUGCAGCUGCUGGUGCAGUUCAGCGGCGAUCCGGAGGCGACGGACUCGGCGGGCAACAGCCCGGUGAUGUGGGCGGCUGCGUGCGGUCACGGGGCGGUGCUGGAGUUCUUGGUGCGCUCUUUCCGCCGCCUGGGCUUACGCCUUGACCGCACCAACCGUGCGGGCCUCACCGCGCUGCAGUUGGCUGCCUCCCGCGGCCACGGGACCUGUGUGCAAGCCCUUACCGGGCCUUGGGGUCGGGCAGCCGCUGCGGCAGCGGCCCGGGGCUCCAACUCCGACAGUCCCCCUGGCCACCCUGCCCCGGCGCCCAGCCCAGAGCGUCGACGACCCAGCCCCCGUCGUCUACCGCGCCCUCUUUUGGCACGGUUUGCGCGAGCUGCCGGAGGCCACGGUCACGGUCACGGCCAUGGCCACGGCCACGGAGGUGAGCUUGCCCCUGCUGGCAAGGGCUCGGGCCGUCACAGGGCACAAGGCAACGAGAGGCCAGAGUUGGGCAGGAGCAUGAGCCUAGCUCUGGGUACCAUGACGGAGGAGGAGACAGCACGCCUUAGGGCAGGAGCUCUGAUGGCCCGACCAAACUCACCGCAGUCUUCGGGGAGUGGGCGGUGGCGUUCACAGGAGGUGCUGGAGGGAGCGCCACUGGCUUUAAAGCAAGCCCCGGUCGGCCUUAGUCCUCAUCCCGAGGGUGGCCCCGGCUCUGGCCGCCUGGGUUUGCGCCGACGUUCUACAGCCCCAGACAUCCCCAGCCUCGUCGGGGAGGCUUCCGGGCCCGAGAGUGGGCCAGAAUUGGAGAACAACGCUCUGCCUUUCUCAUUGCCUGGGCCAAAGCCUUGGCAGGCGGGCACAGAGGCUGUGGUAUUACAGGCUCAGCGGUAAGGAGCAUGAAGGUCGAGACCUGUAAAGUCCACUCUGUCUCUAGUUACUGAGAUGUCUCCCUUUCCUCCAAGUCCUUCUUUUUCUCUGCAAUUUGCUGUCCCUCCCGGCCCCACUGCUAAAGGGAGACCUCCUCUAGUCCUCCACCAGAUGUAAGAAAGAGAUCCCAUCUUUUUGUGUGCCCAUUGGUAUUUUGGUAUUUCCUACGUAAAUCUCCCACCUUCCUCCAACUUGACUUCCAUGUCCUGGGGAAAAAGGAGGUGUGAACAGCUGUUUCUGUAGGCUUCAGCUUUCUAGCCGGAAAGGUGGAUGGUUCAGGCCCACCCUCAGCGCUGAGGUUCAGCUGCCUAGGUUCGGGUCCUGCAGCAUCCCUUGCCUGUUUCUAAU